GUCUGUCUGGUGUGGCCAUUGCAGCAAUGAUUGCUAACGUAUUUCUCGUGCUUCACGCACACUUCAAACCAAUCAAACGAAAAUCAGAGCAGCUGCUGCAGCCUCUCUCCUUAAUGGUCAUUUCGCUCAGUCUCAUGCUUGCAACUCUAAUAGCUCUGCAAGAAGCGACCGCCAAGAUCUCAGCUUCAGUAGAUGAAUACGACCGUCAAGUUUUCUCUGUCGUUGUGAUGCUGGUCAACGGUCUCUUUGCCUUAUGUAUCUUGGGGCGUUUGUUAUUUUGUGGCUGCAAAGCGAUAAAAACAGUUCGCUCCGAUAACGGUGGUUGCAACUUACUCCUAUGGCUCAUACAUUUUGUCACAGAUGAAGAUUCUCUUGAAGAAAAUUCGGUUGAUGCGGCAGAUUCCCAGCAAAAUGUAACUGAGAUGUUUGCUCUUGUAGACGACCAGUCCGAAGACAACUAAUACUAAAAUCUUAUUCUUCAAAUGUCGUGGCCAUCCGAUUAUAGUUAGAAAAUGGAGUUCUUUAUAAGAUUGUAGGAUUUUGAGUAGCAGCUGAUGUGUAAGUGUUAUAGCACCUAAGGCAGGGAGUUAGAAGGUAGUGUACUAGUAACAACAGUAGCCAAGCAUGCAGGCUUGUACCGCUUUUGUCAUUUAGUCCAGUAAUAAUUUCUA